CUGUAGCUCAAGAACCUGAGGAAUGGAAGAGUUUCUGACAGAUUAUUUUUAGAAGUCCCUUGCUCUUGUCUGUUUCUAUUCUAAGAAUUCUCUUGGAACCUGUUCCAGAGUAGUAGAGCUGAUGGAAAACACGUGUAAACGCAGUUCCUGGGCUCCAGCAGCUGGGCUCCUGCUGUGGACACAGAUCUAUUUACUAUACCAGAUUCUGUUUCCAAAAGAAGGCAGUUUCCCUGUGCAUUGCUUUGGUGUGCUAGUUGAAGGUUUUGUAUUUUGUACAUACAUUGUUCUGUAUAUUCUGUAUAUGAUGACUUCUGUGAGCAACGAUCGCUGCCGAGGUGCUCGGGAAAAACCACAGAUGCCCACGACACACGCAGCACAGUCACAGAACCAAGUGGUGCAGGCCACUGCUGAACAGAUGCGGCUUGCUCAAGUGAUCUUUGAUAAGAAUGAUUCAGAUUUUGAAGCUAAAGUUAAGCAGCUUAUGGAAGUGACGGGGAAAAACCAGGACGAAUGUAUAGUGGCUCUCCAUGACUGUAAUGCAGACGUGAACAAGGCUAUCAACACACUGCUGGAGGGGAACUCGGACACGACUUCAUGGGAGACUGUAGGAGGGAAGAAGAAGAAUUUUGGGAAAGACAGCUCAGAAAACAAAGAAAACAGAGAGAAGAGACUGGAGAGAGAAGCGAUUCGUGGACGGGGAAACAGCAGCCGCAAAGGAAGAGGUGGCAGCCGCGGCCGAGAGUUCAAAGGCGAAGAGAAUGGCAUUGACUGCAACCGAGCAGGAGCAGAUGGCAGGCGGGCCCGAGGUCGAGGAUUUGGACGUGGCAGAGGCAGAGGGGCAGGAAGGUUCUCUGCUCAAAGCAUGGGGACAUUCAAUCCUGCAGACUAUUCAGAGUGCACGUCCACAGAAGGCUGCGGAACAAAGUUGGUGGUUUGGGAAGCUGCUCAGAAUGGUACAGAUGAGGGACCUGAAGGGAUGACAAAGCCUCACAGUAUAUGUCAGGAGCUUCCAAGUAAAAGUUCUUAUGGACUCAAAGGUGCCUGGAAGAACUCUGUGGAAGAGUGGACAGCAGAAGACUGGAGUGAGGAUCUUACGGAAACUAAAGUCUUCACGGCUUCGUCUGCCCCAGCGGAGAAGCACGCCACAGCUGGGCAGAGCAUUGAUCUGGUGGCCUUGCUCCAGAAGCCUGUUCCUCCCACUCAAGCUACGGAAGUCAACUCCUUUGAAACGUCCCAGCAGCAAGGCUUUGGCCAAGCCCUUGUGUUCACAAACUCUCAACACAACAAUCAGUUGGCAUCAGGGACUGGCAACUCCACAUCUGCCAACGCCUAUUCUCCUCAAAGUUUGUCAUCCGUCCUUGGCUCAGGAUUUGGAGAACUGGCACCAUCAAAAAUGGUGACUAUCUCUAGCUCUCAGAUUUUGGACAAGUUGAAAGCACCAGGUUUGAGCCCAUUUCCUGCCACUUCAAAUGCACAGCAGAGCAGUGCCAGCCCUCCAGCCACUACUGCUUCCUGGGACCUCAAGCCCUCAGCGCCCCAGGCCUCAGUCCUCAAUCAUUUUGACUUCAAAUCGCAGCCGGAACCGUCCCCAGUUCUUAGCCAGUUGAGCCAACGGCAGCAGCACCAGACCCCAGCAGUCAGUGUUCCUCCUCCUGGUUUGCAGUCCUUUCCUUCCCAGGCAAAACACCGAGAGUCAGCCCCUGGAGAUGGUCCUUCUACUGUGAACAGACUUCUGCAGCUUCCUAGCAUGGCUGUCGAAAAUAUGGUAUCUGCCCACCAACCGCAGCCCAAACACAUGAAACUCCCGAAGCGCCGGAUCCCUCCAGCUGCCAAGGUUCCUGCAUCAGCGGUGGAAAUGCCUGGUUCUGCCGAUGUCACGGGAUUAAAUGUUCAGUUUGGGGCGCUGGAAUUUGGGUCAGAGCCAUCUCUGUCUGAGUUUGGAUCAGCAGCUCCAGGCACUGAGAACAGCAGUCAGAUCCCUAUCAGCUUGUAUCCGAAGUCUUUAAGUGACCCUUUGAAUGCCUCUUUACCAAUGACCAGCGCUGUACAGAACUCCACCUACACAACUGCAGCCAUCACCUCCUCCAGUCUGACCAGCUCCUCCCUGAGCUCCACUAGCCCAGUAACAACGUCUUCCUCUUAUGACCAGAGUUCUGUGCAUCCCAGACUUGCGUACCAAAGCUCUGCGAGCCCACCAGCUCCAGCUCCAGGAUCUGUUGCAAAUGGACAUGGUGGUAGCCGAAGUCAGCACACAGUAGACACUACUUCAUCGGUUCCAGCUCCAAAGACAACAGACCCUACUGCCCUCCCUUCUGUGGGCUCGCUGCCCAGCACCACCGCCUGCACUGCACUUCCGCCCUCUUCAUCCCAGCACACUGCCACUUUGCCCUCCUUGUCCCAGUCUGGUGACCUGUCCAGCAGCCCCCUUUCUCAACUUAGCAGUUCCCUCUCCAGCCACCAGAACAGCUUGUCCUCCACACAUGCAGCACGCCCCACAAGCACGCCACACACUCAUGCCAGUGUGGAGAGCACCUCGUCCUCAGCUGCCUUCUCAACAGCAGCAACCUCUGCCCCAAGUGCCCCGCCCUCAGGAGCUGUCCUACCUGGGAGCAGCCUGUGCCUGGGUGGGGCCACUGUGAGCGUCCCCAGCAGCAGUACAAGGGCCACAGCCUUGGUGACCUCAGGCAAAGCACCCCCAAACCUUCCUCAAGGGGUGCCUCCCCUGCUACACAAUCAGUACCUCGUGGGCCCUGGAGGGCUGCUUCCUGCUUACCCGAUCUACGGUUAUGAUGAACUCCAGAUGCUGCAGUCGCGGCUGCCGAUGGAUUACUAUGGAAUCCCCUUUGCAGCGCCUACCGCCCUUGCCAGCCGAGAUGGGAGUCUAGCUAAUAAUCCAUAUUCAGGUGAUGUCACAAAGUUUGGCAGAGGAGACUCUGCAUCCCCUGCACCUCCAGCGACACCAGCUCAGGCGCAGCAGAGCCAAUCUCAGACCCACCACACGGCCCAGCAGCCCUUUUUGAACCCCGCUCUGCCGCCUGGCUACAGCUAUACCACCGGCCUCCCCUACUACACAGGCGUGCCCAGUGCCUUCCAGUAUGGGCCUCCUAUGUUUGUCCCUCCGGCCUCAGCGAAGCAGCACAGCGUGGCUCUUGGCACGCCUCCCACCCCUUUCCAGCAGGCCGGUGGCUAUGGGCAGCACGCUUACAGCACAGGUUAUGAUGAUCUGACCCAGGGGACAGCGGCAGGAGACUACACCAAGGCUGGCUACGGUGGAUCAUCACAGGCACCGAACAAGUCAGCUGGUUCUGGGCCUGGCAAAGGAGUAUCCGUGUCUUCAGGCACCACUGGCUUACCUGAUGUGACCGGUUCUGUCUACAAUAAGAACCAGACUUUUGACAAGCAAGGGUUUCAUGCAGGGACUCCACCACCUUUCAGCCUGCCCUCUGCCUUGGGUUCCACUGGACCUCUGGCCCCUGGAGCAGGCCCUGGCUACGCACCUGCGCCAUUCCUGCAUAUCAUGCCGGCGCACCAGCAGCCCCACUCCCAGCUGCUGCACCACCACCUACCGCAGGAUGCCCCGAGUGGCUCUGGUCAGCGCAGCCAGCCCAGCUCCCUGCAGCCCAAGUCUCAAGCCUCCAAGCCCACCUAUGGCAACUCUCCAUACUGGACAAACUAGACCCUGAAAAGGAGAUGGUGGGCUCUUGGGCAGGAGAGAACACGUGGAGCAC